AUGGGCGGAAUUGCUGCAGCUGAUGCUUUGAAUCGUGAAUAUCCAGGCGUGCGAUCGCGCCUCUUGAUGAUUUCGCAAUUUGGCCUUGCGUUGCAUCUCAGACUUUCAGAAGGCCUUUCUUUCCUUUGGAUAUUGUAAUUCGGUAUUCAGAGAUUCCGCUUAUUUAGUGAUUCUGAUUGCAAGACUCGAAUGGCAUCUUGAGCGACCAGCAUACGCCUUCGCCUUUAGCACCAAGUCCGACGAGGUGAGCAAUCAGCAGCUACACAUCUCAGCCAGUCCCAACAAAAGUAGCACGCACGCAGCACAGCAAAGCAAAGCGCACCUCGAACCCUUUCUCUCCCCGCUCCAUCCUCACACAACCAUCUCAAACUUGUCAGUCAGUCUCCAGCAGCAAUAUGCGCUUCUACGAAAAGACGCUUCCGGACGCGGAGGAUGUGGUGAUGGUGCAAGUACGGCAAAUAGCAGAGAUGGGAGCUUACGUCAAGCUUUUGGAGUACGAUGGUGUGGAAGGGAUGAUCUUGCUAUCCGAACUUAGCAGACGUAGAAUCAGAUCCAUUCAAAAGCUGAUCAGGGUGGGCAGAAACGAGGUGGUGGUGGUGCUGAGGGUAGACAAGGAUAAGGGUGAGUGGAAGGUUGGGAGUCAAAUGAUCAGGCAAUACAGCAUAUCCGUCAAUGGCGUGUAUGCAGCGGCGUCCCGGACGCUGAGCUGGUGGUGUGUGGGAACAGGUUUGGACGCAGCGCUGCUGGCUUCGAGGUGCAGAGAGCGCAUCGCGCUGCUGCUCAAACACGGGCAUAGCAGCGCUGCGUCAAGAGCACAAGCAACACGAUACGCUGACACUCGACACUCCUUGGCUGCAUGGCGCAGGCUAUAUCGACUUGUCCAAGCGUCGAGUGUCUCCAGAGGAUAUCAUUCGCUGCGAGGAGAGAUUUAACAAGAGCAAGGCUGUGCACAGUAUUCUUGCGCACGUGUCUGGGAAACUCAACAAACCUCUAGAGGAGCUGUACGAGGCCAUCAGUUGGCCAUUGGAUAAAAAGUUUGGACAUGCGUAUGACGCUUUCAAGCUCGCUGUCACGUAAGUAUGCCGGGCGCGGGGUGCAGGAGGUGGCGCAGCGAAGGUCGGCAUGUCCUUCGUACGGCACUGAACGGACCUUCUCUCCCCGGCUUUUUCGGCAACAGAGAGUCCGAGACUGUGUUUGCCGGUCUGGAGUUGGACGCCGAUGUGCAAAGAGAGUUGCAAGCAAAUAUUGCUCGUCGAAUGACGCCUCAGCCCGUCAAGAUCCGAGCAGAUGUGGAAGUGACGUGUUACAAUGCGGCCGGUAUAGAUGGUAUCAAAUCGGCGUUGCAAGCUGCAGAGGAUUUGCAAACGGAAGAGAUUCCGAUCAAGGUCAAGUUGAUCGCUCCUCCCCUCUAUGUGCUCAUCACCAAUUCGACGGACAAGCAAGGCGGUAUAGAUCUGCUGAAAAAGGCCCUCACAACCAUCGAUGCGAGCAUUAAGAAGAGCGGAGGAAAUCUGGCUGUCAAGAUGGAGGUGAGUCCAUACUUGCGCUACGCUACCUUGACACUGACCAGUAGCUGAUGCGCCUUGAUCGCCUUGCGCGCGUCUGUCCUUUUCGUGCAGCCCAAGGCCGUGUCCGAGUCAGAAGAUCAGGAGUUGGAGAGGCUUUUGCAGAGAGUGGAGAAGGAGAAUGAGCAAGUGGCUGGAGACGACGAGUGAGUCGGGCUGCGGGCAUCAGAAACGCAUGGGUUGUUCUUGCUUGUCUCAUCAUUUUUGUUGCUCGUCAUCUUACCCUGCGCCGUCUUUCACAGCGACUCGGACGACGAGGAAUAA